AUGGAUUUACUGCGCUGCUUUGGCGAGUCGGGACGCAACCCGAAACUGGUACUUCUGCUGUUCCACCUGCAGCUGUGGCAUAAACCAGUUGUCCCGUAUUUGCAGGCAGACGCCAUUCAUCCAGACUGCGCCAUCAUUUCCCAGCACCUGAAGGCUCGGGAGAUCUGCUUGCAGACUAGGAAGACUGAGGCGCAAAAUCUUACUGGCUUCACUGGUUGCAGAACCGAGUGGGAUCGUUUACAGUGCUGGCUGAGAGCAGAGGUUGGCCAGGUGGUCAAUGUUUCCUGUUCCGAAAUCUUCCAACAUUUCUCCAGCGAUCAAGGGUACGUUUUCAGAAACUGCACGGUUAAUGGUUGGACAGAACUGUAUCCGCCGUACGAAGAGGCCUGUGCUUUCAAUGAUGACAGCGAGCCCGAAUCUGAGACGAAUUACCUCUCUACAUUCAGAAAGGUGUACACCGUGGGCUAUGCCACUUCGCUCAUCUCUCUCAUAACAGCUAUAGUGGUGUUCACUGCCUUCAGGAAGUUCCACUGCACCAGGAACUACAUCCACAUCAACCUUUUCGCCUCCUUCGUCCUGAGGGCUACUGCCGUCUUCAUCAAAGAUGCCGUGCUGUUUGCUGAUGAGACCCUCGACCACUGCUCCAUGUCCACGACAGCGUGCAAGCUGGCAGUAGCAUUCUUCCAGUUCAGCAUCCUGGCUAAUUACUUCUGGCUGCUGGUGGAGGCCAUGUACCUCCAAACCCUCUUGGCCCUCACCUUUGUCUCCCAGAGGAAGUACUUCUGGUGGUACAUCCUGAUCGGAUGGGGGUUUCCAUCAACAGUGCUGAUAAUAUGGGUGCUGACCAGAUACCUGUACGAUGACCGAGGUUGCUGGGAUGACACGGACGAUGUUGCCGUUUGGUGGAUAAUUAAAGGUCCCAUAACAGCCUCGCUGCUGGUCAACAUAGUCAUCUUUAUAAACGUGAUCCGCAUUCUGGUCCAGAAGCUCAAGUCUCCAGCCAUGGCCAGUAACAACGAUACUGGACAUUUUAUGAGGUUGGCGAAAUCCACCCUGUUCCUCAUCCCUCUGUUUGGGAUGCAUUACACCGUGUUUGCCUUCCUGCCUGAGAACACCGGCGUGGCAGCAAGACUCUACAUUGAGCUUGGCCUCGGCUCCUUCCAGGGCUUUGUGGUGGCAUUACUUUACUGUUUCAUGAAUGGAGAGGUCCAAGCAGAGCUUCGGCGAUGGCUGUGGAGAUGCCAUACCCAGAGUCGUUUAUCCCUGGCCAAGCGACACAUCACCGUCACCCAGAUCACAGUUCUGGACCGUGGAGGACCCCGGAGGCCCCCCUCCUCCAGCAACAUCUCUUCCGUGUGA